UUUCAUAUAACCUUAAUUCGAAUUUCGAAGAUGCAUAGAAUGUAUAUGUGGCGGUUGGCAUGUAAACAAAGCUAGAUUUUAGGAUUGUAAGUGGCCGAGUGUUUUUCACAAAUUGUACUUUUAUCCAUUGAUAAGAGUGUAGAGUGAAACGUAAAUAUUUAAAACGACGCCCCGAAUCUUAUAAAAAUGAGUAACAACGGAGGCAAACAUCCGGAUUCUGAUCCACCUGAAUUGCGAAUUCUCUGCUUCAAUCUGACGUACUACAAUCGCACCACACAAUUCCUUCUAAGUUGUGCCGGUGUUUUUGUGCUCUACCUUAUUUACGGGUACCUGCAGGAACUUAUUUUCACUGUCGAAGGAUUUAAGCCAUACGGCUGGUUCCUCACUCUAGUGCAAUUCGGUUAUUAUAUAUGCUUCGGUGUGAUUGAACGCGAUUUAGAGGCAAGACGUAGAGAUAAGUUGCUGCCUGGCGGCAGCGUUGACACUUCUCAGCGUUGCAUACCGAUGCGUACGUAUUUUCUACUUGCUGCGCUAACACUUGGCACUAUGGGAUUGUCUAAUUCCAGUCUAGGUUACCUUAACUAUCCUACGCAAGUGAUUUUCAAGUGUUGCAAGUUGAUUCCUGUGUUAAUUGGCAGUAUUUUAAUACAAGGGAAACGUUAUGGACCACUAGACUUUGCAGCGGCAAUUGCUAUGUGCAUUGGUUUAGCUUGGUUUACGCUCGCUGACUCGCAAGUAUCGCCGAAUUUUAAUGUUACAGGAGUGGCUAUGAUAUCAACAGCUUUGUUGUGCGAUGCAGCUAUUGGCAAUGUACAGGAAAAAGCAAUGCGCGAAUAUCGCGCACCAAGCAGUGAGGUUGUGCUCUACUCUUAUGGGCUAGGUUUUAUUUAUCUGCUGGUUAUAUUGAUGUUGACGGGAAACUUUUUCAGCGGUUUUGCGUUCUGCCUGGAGCAUACUUUGGAAACAUUCGGCUAUGGCUUCUUUUUUAGCUUAUCUGGCUACUUAGGCAUACAAUUCGUGUUGGCUUUAGUGCGUAGCAGUGGUGCACCAGUGGCGGCUACGGUGACAACAGCAAGAAAGGCAGUAACGAUUGCUUUAUCGUUUGUUUUCUUUAGCAAACCGUUUACAUGGCAAUAUCUAUGGUCAGGUUUAAUAGUUGUGCUAGGCAUAUAUUUAAAUGUUUAUAGUAAAAAAACAAAGAUGACUAUGCGAGACUUUGAACACAAGUUGAAGUACGCACUUAACGCCUUCCGUAUUUGGGAAAGAUCGACCAGUCGCAAAUUCUUGGUGGAAGUAUGAAUAUGUCGUACGGUUUUCUCAUAUACAUACAUACGUCUGUACAUAAAUACUUGGCAAAUGUGUCAAGUUUAAGUAUGUUUUAACUACUUCGAUACCAAAUUUAGUGUAGAUAUAUGUAAUAAGCAAUUAGAUUUGGAAUCAAUAGCUCGUCAGACAUAUUCUUUGUAUCUGUGUAACUUAAACAAUAGCUACAGCUUCAACCCUCCAUCACCAACAAAUAAUUUUUCUGUUAAUUCAAAAUGACUCCUUCACUGCUGUUAAUUAUAAAAAUAUACAUACCUAGUUGCCGGAUAUUGGUAAUGGCCAUAAUAAAAUUAAAACAUAGUGCCACCCAGAUUUAGAUUACCUUUGAAGAAUAAAAGUUGGCAUUGUAGCUCGUUUUUGUUAUAAAAUCUACUAUAAACAUACGGCCUUUGAUAAGCUAUUAGCAGCAGUUUAUUACUAUAUAUAUUUUAUUUGUAUUUUUUAUGUAAGAAACAUUUUGUAUACAUGUAGAUAC